AUGUAUGAUUUUGCGACAACCAAAAAUUUUCACGACGGUUAUAUCGAGGCUCUGAAACGGCCUCCAGAUCUCAGAAGCCCUAAGGGACGCCGCCGGUUCACAUGGAAACGUCUAUUCCCCGUCAAGCUAGGCAAAUCUAUUGCGCAGUCGGAUUUGGAGGUCUACGCAGUCCCGAAUAUUGUUGUCACACUCGGCCUAUGA